AGGUUUUUAGUACUUCCUGGUUCAACUUGUACAUGCGAAAAGUGACAGUAACAACGGUCAGUCAGCUCAAAGCUGAUCGUAUUUAGUUGUGCCCGUAAUAAUCGCGUUGCCUUUCAAACUUCACCCACCAUUUAUCUUUCAGUGGCGAGUUUAAAUUCAUGUAAAAUGGUGUUUUACUUCACAAGUGCCGUGGUGCAGCCUUCCUACACAAUCUACAUGGGGAAGGACAAGUAUGAAAAUGAGGAUCUGAUUAAGUACGGAUGGCCUGAAGACAUCUGGUUUCAUGUGGACAAACUGUCCUCGGCUCACGUUUACUUGAGGUUGCCAAAGGGUCAGACCAUAGAUGAUAUUCCUCCGGAGGUGCUGAUAGACUGUGCACAGCUGGUGAAAAACAACAGCAUCCAAGGCUGUAAGAUGAACAACAUCAACGUGGUUUACACACCGUGGGCAAACCUGAAGAAAACAGGAGACAUGGACGUUGGACAGAUCGGCUUCCAUCGACAGAAAGAGGUGAAGAUCGUGGCGGUGGAGAAGAAGAUCAAUGAGAUCGUGAACCGUCUGGAGAAGACAAAAGUAGAACGCUUCCCCGACCUGGCGGCAGAGAAAGAGUCGAGAGACAGAGAAGAGAGGAACGAGAAGAAAGCUCAGCUCCAAGAACAGAAGAGGAGAGAGAAGGAAGAGCAGAAGAAGAAAAAAGAGAUGGAGGAUCUCAGAAACUAUACAUCACUGAUGAAGACUGAAAAUAUGAAGACUAAUGAGGACGGCUACGAUUCAGAUGACUUCAUGUAAGAGGUGAAGAUGAGGCAGCGAGCAAACAGACUCCUCCUCCACCACUCAGAUCUGCUGUCAGGACGCUCCGCUGCUGCUUUUGCUUGCUGUAACUCUGCACUGACAUUGGAAGAAGAGAAAAAAAAAAGGCAAACCUUGAACUUGUGGUCACUUGGAGCAGAGAGCGAGCCAGUGAGGGACAGCAACCGGGACUUAAUCCACAUGCUGACUGGUUCAGACGCUGCUUCCAAACCAAAGCAAGCUGGCUGACCUCUUCAUCACAGGAAAAACACUGUAGAAGAACAACACGGGACAACAGGAAAAAUGAGGGUCAUUCUGGGGAGAAACACUCAAAUAGUGUUCGAUAGGGUUUUCACUGCCAUGUGGACUGAUGUUGAUGUAUGAUAAAACUGGUGUGGGUGUUUAAAUAACCCUGGAAACCUGAAGACUACAAAUCCCUCUGCUCACUUUCUUCACAUGUUAAUUUCUCUGCCUGUCAGAUUUUAAUGAAUACAAUUCAAUAUAUGAAUUAAACUCAGUUAGUAAUUGGCACUGUUUGCACUUCUGUUGACAAGCCAUAAUAUUCUUUUGCAUCAUAAACCAGUCCCAGCCACUUUCAUACAUUUGCAGACCCAUGGUGUGCAGAGCCCCUGAAAUCCUGAGAGAUUAUAUUUUUUUAUCUUACAUGCACAAAUUUAGAACUGCAUGUAAUAGUUAUUUUCAUUUGCUUGCUCAUACACCUUAAAAUGAUAUCUUCAUAUUGCUUAUUUUGUCCAAGUAACUGUCCCAAGAACUUAAGUUUAAAUGAUAAAACAAAGUAAGGCCUCCUUACAACCAUCAAAUGUUUAGCCUCUUUAGAUCCAAAAAAAAAAAAAAAAACAC